AGUGCAACAAGUUCUUGCUAUGCUGUGCUCUGUAACCAUCCCUAUCUCCACCUCCACCUCCACAUUAUCGCCUCUCUCAAUCCAUCCGUACAUAAUAUCUACUACCUUCCCCAUCAAUGCCUCCUAUUAAUGCCCCAUUUCACCCUUGACGACGCCGCAACCCAGUCCCCUACCGGCCUAACCCGACACCUCAACACCACCGUCGAAGAAUAUGUCUUCCCCAUCCUCAUCGCCCUCUCCUGGUGCAAUGCCAUCGAGUUGGUUAUCCUCUGCCUCAACACCUUCAAACGCUACACCGGCACCUACUUCUGGUCCCUCCUGAUCGCGUCCAUCUCCAUCAUCCCCUUCAGCCUCGGCUAUCUCCUCAAAAUGUUCGGUCUCACCUUCACCAACUACUUCCUCGAGAUCUCCAUAGUGGGAGUCGGCUGGGCCGGCAUGGUUACAGGACAAUCGCUCGUGCUCUGGUCGCGCCUGCACCUCGUGCUGCACCACAAGAAAAUCCUACGGGGUUUGCUCUACCUGAUUAUCUUCGACGGGGUGCUGCUGCAUUGCGCGAGUGAGGGGCUGGAACUGGCGGUUAAUGCGAUGCCGCAGUCUGAGCCGAUGAAUGUUGCAUUCGGGAUCAUGGAGCGCGUGCAGUUGGUGUGGUUCUGUGCACAGGAGCUGUUGCUCUCCGGGUUGUAUAUCAGGGAGACGGCGAGGAUGUUGCGCAUGGAUAGUGGGGAGUUGUCCAGGAGUGUGUUGGUGCAGUUGUUGUUGGUUAAUGUGGUGAUUAUUGUGUUGGAUUUGUCGGUCGUGGGGAUUCAGUAUGCUGGUUUUUUUACCUUUCAGGUUACGUUCAAGGCGUUGGUAUAUAGUAUCAAGUUGAAGUUGGAGUACGUGAUCUUGGGGAGGUUGGUGGAUGUGGCUUAUGUGAGGUCCCAGGUGGAUACGCCGAGAUUUAGGUUUUGAUUUUGGAUUUUUGGUGAAGCGCGAUGGCACUCAGCUGGCUCUGGUGUGGUUUUGAUUGAUUUGGGGUUCUGGGAGGUGUUUGGAUUUGGCCUUGAUUAUAUACCCUGGGUUCGUUUGGUUGGGUUGGAUUUUCCUUGGUGCCAGGUUGAGUAGUUAAAUUUCCUUCUUAUACUAUAUAGUAUUUAUAUAUAUACUCUAUUUAGAUCUUACAACACGAUUUACACCAUGUUCGGG